ACAGAAUGAGAGUAUAAACACAGCCUCUUUUUAACACUCGCCCACUUUCAAACUCCACGGCGCAGAUCCGAGGAGUUUGGGAAACCCUAGCUCUCUUUUAGCAACCUACUAUUCUUCUCUGUUUUUUCUCUCACUAGCGCUCAUCAACAUCAUCAGUCAUGGCAGGUGUUGCACCCGAAGGAUCACAGUUUGAUGCAAAGCAAUAUGACACUAAAAUGAGUGAAUUGCUCUCAACUGAUGGACAAGAGUUUUUCACAUCAUAUGAUGAGGUUUAUGAAAGUUUUGAUUCCAUGGGGUUGCAAGAAAAUCUUCUGAGGGGAAUUUAUGCUUACGGUUUUGAGAAGCCCUCUGCAAUUCAGCAAAGGGGUAUUGUUCCAUUCUGCAAAGGCCUCGAUGUGAUUCAACAGGCUCAGUCUGGAACCGGAAAAACUGCAACCUUCUGCUCUGGAAUUUUGCAGCAACUUGAUUAUGCUGUGGUCCAGUGCCAGGCUUUGGUUUUGGCACCUACCAGGGAGUUGGCACAGCAGAUUGAGAAGGUUAUGCGAGCACUUGGUGACUAUCUAGGCGUGAAGGUUCAUGCCUGUGUAGGAGGGACAAGUGUUCGUGAGGAUCAGCGCAUUCUUCAAGCUGGUGUUCAUGUUGUUGUUGGAACCCCUGGUCGUGUAUUUGACAUGUUGCGGAGGCAGUCUCUUCGUCCAGAUUACAUCAAGAUGUUUGUGUUGGAUGAGGCCGAUGAAAUGCUUUCUCGGGGUUUUAAGGAUCAGAUCUAUGACAUUUUCCAGCUUCUGCCAUCAAAAGUUCAGGUUGGGGUGUUCUCUGCUACAAUGCCACCUGAAGCCCUUGAAAUCACGAGGAAGUUUAUGAACAAACCUGUGAGGAUCUUGGUGAAGCGUGACGAGCUCACCCUUGAGGGUAUCAAGCAAUUUUAUGUCAAUGUUGAUAAAGAAGAAUGGAAGCUUGAGACACUUUGUGAUCUGUAUGAGACCCUGGCCAUCACCCAGAGUGUUAUUUUUGUUAAUACAAGGCGAAAGGUGGACUGGCUUACUGACAAGAUGAGAAGCCGUGACCACACUGUCUCAGCUACUCAUGGUGACAUGGACCAGAACACUCGUGACAUUAUCAUGCGUGAAUUCCGCUCUGGCUCGUCCCGUGUUCUCAUAACCACUGAUCUUUUGGCUCGUGGUAUUGAUGUGCAGCAGGUAUCUCUUGUCAUAAAUUAUGAUUUGCCGACCCAACCAGAGAAUUACCUUCAUCGUAUUGGACGAAGUGGAAGGUUUGGAAGGAAGGGUGUUGCCAUUAACUUUGUGACCAGGGAUGACGAGAGAAUGCUGUAUGACAUUCAGAGGUUUUACAAUGUGGUCAUUGAGGAGCUGCCAUCAAAUGUCGCUGAUCUGCUCUGAGGAGAUGAUUUUGUUUUGCUUUUCUUUUUGAGGCAGAUUUUCAUUAUCCUGUUUUGAAAGUACUAUUUUAAUGUUUUUUUGUCAUUUUGUUUUUUUCAUCAAUUUAUGCUGUCAAACAUAUCUAACUGUUUAAUGGUAUGCGCCUUCUUGCUCAAUUUCGUCGUAUAAAAAAGACUUUUAGGAUGUCUGUUUCAUACUUUGGCUGUGCUUCUGGCUUUUUGUUAUUUGGUUCA